UUAGUGUUUAUGUGGGUCUGAAACAAUUCAGACGAGCUUAAAAAUUCCAUUCGAGAGUGACACACAUGGAAUCCGAAUAUCUGGGAUCUCAAAGGAGUAAACAAGAAUCAUCGACCAAAGAUACAAUGGCCCUUGAACAGGCUGUGAUGCCCGUCUCCCAGCCAGUGCGUGCCAAGAGUUUGUUACGCGCAAACUUGGAGAAGUCUCGUUGCGGCCCCUUGCAGAGCAGAAUGCCCAACAUCAAGGUCUUCAGCGGCACCUCGCACCCGGACCUGGCCCAGAGGAUCGUCGAUAGACUCGGCAUCGACAUCGGCAAGGUUGUCACCAAGAAAUUCAGCAACCUCGAGACAUGCGUGGAGAUCGGGGAAUCGGUACGAGGAGAAGAUGUAUACAUUGUACAGAGUGGAAGCGGAGAAGUAAACGACAACCUAAUGGAGCUGCUGAUUAUGAUCAAUGCUUGUAAAAUAGCGUCAGCGUCGCGGGUAACGGCGGUCAUUCCCUGCUUCCCUUAUGCCAGGCAGGACAAGAAGGACAAGGGCAGUGACGGUGGGGAGAAGUCAGACAAUAAGACUCGCUUUGUCAUGAAGUCGAACGAGUGGAAGUUCAGGAGCCGCGCUCCCAUCUCCGCGAAACUGGUCGCCAACAUGCUCUCGGUCGCCGGGGCCGACCACAUCAUCACCAUGGAUCUCCACGCCAGCCAGAUCCAGGGGUUCUUCGACAUCCCCGUCGACAACCUCUUCGCCGAGCCCGCGGUCCUCAAGUGGAUCAAGGAGAACAUCGUCGAGUGGCGGAACAGCUGCAUCGUCUCUCCGGAUGCAGGCGGUGCCAAGAGGGUCACGUCGAUUGCCGACCGCCUGAACGUCGAGUUCGCCUUGAUCCACAAGGAACGGAAGAAGGCCAACGAGGUUGCCAGCAUGGUCCUGGUGGGCGACGUCAAGGACAGGGUGGCCAUCUUGGUGGACGACAUGGCCGACACCUGCGGGACCAUAUGCCAUGCCGCCGAGAAACUCGUCGAGGCAGGUGCCACGAAGGUCUACGCCAUCCUGACGCACGGCAUCUUCAGCGGGCCUGCCAUCAGCAGAAUCAACAACGCCUGCUUCGAGGCGGUCGUCGUAACGAAUACCAUACCCCAGGACGGGCACAUGAAGGAGUGUCCCAAGAUUCAGUGCAUCGACGUCUCCAUGAUGUUCGCCGAGGCCGUCAGGAGGACCCACAACGGAGAGUCCGUCUCGUACCUGUUUUCGAACGUACCUUACUAAACUUCUCCUCUAUCGGUUCCUAUAUUUUUUUUUUCCUUCUUCUUUUCCGACGCGCCUAUAACCAGAGCCCUCGAGUGCUCCCGCGGGUGCUCGUUUCCGCGUUUUUUAAUCCCUCGCGAAAAGCGCGUUUGUCCAGCGGGACGGAAUCCGUUUCGCUGGGUCAGCCGGCGAAUCGAUUCCGCACCGAUCGACGCUUGUUUAGCUUGGCUGCGGAUUCGUCCCUGGUACCAGGCACCGAACGAAGGUCGGAUCGAUCGCCGAGGGUUUUGGGAGUCGAGGGAACCCGUCCUCGGGUCUCGGCUUGGAAUCUCAGGGCGGAUCUCGACUCGGGGGUGCGGAUCGGUGGACUUCGCGAGUCCUUCUCCAUGAGAAGUUCUCGCGAGUUCACGGGAGGGUUUCGCCGUCUUCAGACAUCCUAGUGGUUAGCGUUAUUCAAUUGUUAUCACCCCGUAGCCGCGUUUUGGACGAUGGCGAGGGUAGGAGCGCCUACUCGUGUCGCACUCGGGCAUGGUACUGGAUGCGUCUUUCUCGCGCCAAGUCAAUCGAAGAGGCUGGGUCUGAAACGGAACGACCGUUUCCUUUUUUAUAUAUAUAUACACAUGUAUAAUGCAUAUACAAUAAGUGUGCAUUACGAUCGCCGAUCACUUUGGACAAAGUGGACAGGCCGCGUCUCGACACGCGUAUCGGGGACUCGGGGAAACUCGGGAAUUGUGAGCGUUUCUCGACCCGUUGCUCGUAUGCUAAUUAAGAAUUAAUACCCGGGGGGCUUUCCCUCUUUCGCGGCCCUUUUGCGAUUUCACUUACCGGCGGUUACGAGGUCGUUGCGAGCGCUAUCUUGUACACCGCGGCGGCGGUUCGCGGCGCGAUAUUUGAAACAUGACACAUGGAUCGCAGGGAGACACCGACUCCCGGGCGAUUCGAGAGCGAUUAAUGUAGAACUCCCAGGCGGCACUGUGUGCUAAGAAACGACAGGGACGAGUAGGAGGACUUCUCAUUCCGAGGGUCGUCGUAAUUGGGUUUUGUACCGACAGACACAAUAAAUCGUUUUCGCCCUGGCUGGUGGAAAACCGAGUUCAA